UAAACAUGGCUACAUUUCCACUUUCUCCUAAAUAAAAAGACAUAUCCCAUUUAAAAACCCUCCAUACAAAUUUGGAAAGAACCCUAAUUUCUUUCAAAAAUCUUCAAAACGCAAUUCCUUGGAUCCUAAAAACCCUCCUUAAACCCUUUCUCCCAACUUCACACUCGUGCAGAGGAGGAACAAUGGAUUUCGAGAAGCGGAAGGCAGUGACCCUUGCCGCUAUGACCUCGCCGGAACCCGACAAGUCCCCUAAAGGCAACAUUGACACCCCCAUAAUUCCUCUCUUAACCACCAUUAAUUCUCACCCCUCUUACUUCACCACCAGCUCUUGCUCCGGCCGCAUCUCUGUUCUAGCCCAGCCGAUCGACACAGCCGCCGCCGCCGCCACGACCGUCAAGAAAAAGGCCAAGGGAGGCACCUGGGUCUUCGUAUCCCACGACCCAGUUCCUCCUUUCUCCAUCCUCCCCCUUCUCUUCUCAUCCUCUUCCAAUGAGUCACCACCCCGAGUCGCCACCGAGUCAGACAACAUUCUGUUGCAGAGCCUUGUGUUCAGGUUUGAGCCUUUGAUCAUUGCUGUUGAGUGCAAGGACAUAGAGGCGGCUCAGUCUUUGAUUUCUUUGGCAAUUUCUUGUGGGUUCAGAGAGAGUGGAAUUACAAGUGCGAGUAAAAGAGUCAUCAUUGCAAUACGGUGCUCAAUACGAUUGGAGGUUCCACUGGGGGACACGCUGAAGCUUAUGGUGUCCCCAGAAUAUGUGGAGUACCUUGUUGGGGUUGCUAAUGAGAAAAUGGUGGCUAACAGGAAAAGAACUGAUCUUUUCCUGAAUUCACUGUUAAAGAACGGAUUUUCGAGAGAUGGUAUUUACAUGAAUGGUAAAAUUGAUAGUGAUGGUGGUGAUAUGUGUCGAGGGAAUCAAAAGGCUGCCUCUCAAGGAAAUCCUUUCGGCGAUAGUUGUGUGGAGGAAGAUUUGGAUUCUGAAAAGAAAGAUUUUGAUGACAUCCAUUGUGGAUCACAGAAAGUCCUUGGCAUCAAUCUGUCCGUUAUAGAGAUAAUUGGUGAACCCGUGGAGAGGCUUUUCCUGUGGGGUCACUCUGGCUGCAUGGUGGACCAACAGAAGAUUCUCAUUUUUGCUGGUUUUGGAGGCAUUGGAAGACAUGCACGUAGAAAUGAUUUAUUGCUUCUUGAUCCAGAAUGUGGAAUGAUAGAAGCAAUUCAUGUUCAGGGAGCUCCAUGUCCACGCUUGGGUCACACAUCUUCAGUAGUAGGAGGGUUCAUGUAUGUGAUUGGAGGGAGGGCUGAUCCGUUGAAUAUUCUGAAUGACGUGUGGGUCUUCAAUAUGGCGAAGAAAGAAUGGAAUCUGUUACAAUGUUCUGGCUGUCAUUUACCUCCUAGGCACCGACAUGCAGCAGCUGUUGUAGGUACAAGGAUAUAUGUACAUGGGGGAAUUUGUAAAGAUGAAAUAAUAUCAUCACUGUAUGUACUUGAUACAUAUAAGGCUGAGUGGACUGAGAUAGAAAUUCAGGGGAACUUGCCCAGUCCUCGUCAUUCACACUCCAUGGACUCACAUGGGUCUAACUUAUACACAUUUGGUGGAUUCAAUGGGGAGAAAGCACUUGGGGAUCUUUAUAGUUUUGAUGUUCAGACGUGCCUAUGGAGUAAGCAAAAGACAAAUGGAAAAGCACCUAAAGCUAGGUUUUCGCACUCGAUGUUUAUAUAUAAGAACUAUCUUGGCAUUUUUGGGGGAUGUCCUGUAAGUCAGAAUAAUGAAUUAUCCUUACUUGAUCUUCAGUCUUAUACGUGGAAGCAUAUAAUGGUGAAUUCCAUUGAUGGUCUCUUUGUUCGUACGUCGGCUCUUGAUGAUCAAUACUUCUCAUCCCACCCACUUUUUCUUUUACACCUUCACCUUCACGUCCACCACCACACUCAAUAUUUGAUUGUUGAGGUUAAGAAGGACAAGGGGCUUGGUGGGCUUGAAUUGCUGGAGGCUAGUGAGCCACCAGAAGGAACUGUGGCUAAAGGUGCUGGGGAUAAAAUUGAAGAUAUUUUGGUGACGAAAAUUGAAAUGAAGGUUCUGGAGAUGUAUACCGUGGAAGAGAUUAAUGCGGAGUUUCGAGAAUCCUUGCUUUAUAGAGUUGGGUUAACGAGUGUGGUUUACUUGCAAAUUAAAGACAUAUCCCAUUUAAAAACCCUCCAUACAAAUUUGGAAAGAACCCUAAUUUCUUUCAAAAAUCUUCAAAACGCAAUUCCUUGGAUCCUAAAAACCCUCCUUAAACCCUUUCUCCCAACUUCACACUCGUGCAGAGGAGGAACAAUGGAUUUCGAGAAGCGGAAGGCAGUGACCCUUGCCGCUAUGACCUCGCCGGAACCCGACAAGUCCCCUAAAGGCAACAUUGACACCCCCAUAAUUCCUCUCUUAACCACCAUUAAUUCUCACCCCUCUUACUUCACCACCAGCUCUUGCUCCGGCCGCAUCUCUGUUCUAGCCCAGCCGAUCGACACAGCCGCCGCCGCCGCCACGACCGUCAAGAAAAAGGCCAAGGGAGGCACCUGGGUCUUCGUAUCCCACGACCCAGUUCCUCCUUUCUCCAUCCUCCCCCUUCUCUUCUCAUCCUCUUCCAAUGAGUCACCACCCCGAGUCGCCACCGAGUCAGACAACAUUCUGUUGCAGAGCCUUGUGUUCAGGUUUGAGCCUUUGAUCAUUGCUGUUGAGUGCAAGGACAUAGAGGCGGCUCAGUCUUUGAUUUCUUUGGCAAUUUCUUGUGGGUUCAGAGAGAGUGGAAUUACAAGUGCGAGUAAAAGAGUCAUCAUUGCAAUACGGUGCUCAAUACGAUUGGAGGUUCCACUGGGGGACACGCUGAAGCUUAUGGUGUCCCCAGAAUAUGUGGAGUACCUUGUUGGGGUUGCUAAUGAGAAAAUGGUGGCUAACAGGAAAAGAACUGAUCUUUUCCUGAAUUCACUGUUAAAGAACGGAUUUUCGAGAGAUGGGAUUUACAUGAAUGGUAAAAUUGAUAGUGAUGGUGGUGAUAUGUGUCGAGGGAAUCAAAAGGUUGGCUCUCAAGGAAAUCCUUUAGGCGAUAAUUGUGUGGAGGAAGAUUUGGAUUCUGAAAAGAAAGAUUUUGAUGACAUCCAUUGUGGAUCACAGAAAGUCCUUGGCAUCAAUCUGUCCGUUAUAGAGAUAAUUGGUGAACCCGUGGAGAGGCUUUUCCUGUGGGGUCACUCUGGCUGCAUGGUGGACCAACAGAAGAUUCUCAUUUUUGCUGGUUUUGGAGGCAUUGGAAGACAUGCACGUAGAAAUGAUUUAUUGCUUCUUGAUCCAGAAUGUGGAAUGAUAGAAGCAAUUCAUGUUCAGGGAGCUCCAUGUCCACGCUUGGGUCACACAUCUUCAGUAGUAGGAGGGUUCAUGUAUGUGAUUGGAGGGAGGGCUGAUCCGUUGAAUAUUCUGAAUGACGUGUGGGUCUUCAAUAUGGCGAAGAAAGAAUGGAAUCUGUUACAAUGUUCUGGCUGUCAUUUACCUCCUAGGCACCGACAUGCAGCAGCUGUUGUAGGUACAAGGAUAUAUGUACAUGGGGGAAUUUGUAAAGAUGAAAUAAUAUCAUCACUGUAUGUACUUGAUACAUAUAAGGCUGAGUGGACUGAGAUAGAAAUUCAGGGGAACUUGCCCAGUCCUCGUCAUUCACACUCCAUGGACUCACAUGGGUCUAACUUAUACACAUUUGGUGGAUUCAAUGGGGAGAAAGCACUUGGGGAUCUUUAUAGUUUUGAUGUUCAGACGUGCCUAUGGAGUAAGCAAAAGACAAAUGGAAAAGCACCUAAAGCUAGGUUUUCGCACUCGAUGUUUAUAUAUAAGAACUAUCUUGGCAUUUUUGGGGGAUGUCCUGUAAGUCAGAAUAAUGAAUUAUCCUUACUUGAUCUUCAGUCUUAUACGUGGAAGCAUAUAAUGGUGAAUUCCAUUGAUGGUCUCUUUGUUCGUAGUACAGUAAAUGUUGUCGGUGAUAGUCUGAUACUCAUUGGUGGUGGGGCAUCUUGUUUUGCAUUUGGGACAAAGUUCAGUGAACCCAUGAAGGUAAACUUGUCGUUAUUGACAUCCUUGGAUGAUAAUUUCACUCCCACAAAAAUUGGAGAGGAGUCCAGAGAUAGUCCAGAGGAAGAAACAAUAGAGGGAAAAAAUGCCAACGUCCAAUAUUUGCAUAGUACAGCUAAACCAAAAGUAAAUGGACAUAUCAACCAAAAUGCUCAUUUUGAAGAGCCAUCAGUAAAGGUUGAACGGCAGAUGGUUGCCGUUCCUUGCAUUCUCCAGCUAGGGAAACAACAUGCGAAAUUGGUAAAGGACAUAUUAAAAAGAUUUGGAUGGUUAGAUAUUGAAAGAAAGGUUUAUUCUCGGGAGGAUGGCAUGUUUAUCUGUUUUCCUGUAACAGAAAAGUUUUGCACUAUGUUCGAAGAUAAACAAAAGGAUCUGGGGGAUUCAUGUAAAGUGGUAACUGAUCUUCAUUCACCAAGACCAUCUUGUUUGGAUAUUUUAUCACAAGAUAUCUCCAUUUCAGAAUCUUUUAAGCUUCUAAUAGCAUGUGGUGCUACUAAACUUGUGGAUGAAGUUGUCAAAAACAAGAAAACUCCAAAUACUCCUCACAAAAUGAUGAAGGAAGAGGUAGCCUCAUUGUUAAAUAGCCAGGGUCUGCCACCAGAACUUCUAGAACAACUUCCAUCAAGAUGGGAGCGGCUGGGAGAUAUUGUUGUUCUUCCUGUAACGUCCUUUAAGGAUCCGUUGUGGGACUCAGUUGGUAAGGAGCUUUGGCCUCUUGUGGCAAAAUCACUUGGGGCUCUUCGCCUCGCCCGACAAGCCGAAAUUGCACAAACUGGGACAAGGGACAGUAAAUUAAAGAUUCUUGUUGGAGAUGAUGGCUGGGUUGACCACCGUGAAAAUGGGAUCCUCUAUUCUUUUGAUGCCACGAAGUGCAUGUUCUCUUGGGGUAAUCUUUCGGAGAAACUACGGAUGGGCUCUCUUGACUGUAGAAAUGAUGUUAUCGUAGAUCUGUUCUCUGGCAUAGGAUAUUUUACACUGCCUUUCCUUGUGAGGGCCAAUGCCAAAUUUGUGUAUGCUUGUGAGUGGAAUCCAGAUGCUGUUGAGGCUCUACAUCGUAAUCUACAAGCGAAUUCUGUGGCUGAUCGUUGCACCAUACUGGAAGGAGAUAAUAGAGUUACAGCUCCAAAGGGAGCUGCCGAUCGAGUCUGCCUUGGUCUCUUGCCAACAAGUGAAGGAAGUUGGGUUACUGCAGUCAGGGCACUAAGACAGGAGGGUGGAAUGUUACACAUACAUGGUAAUGUUAAGGACUCAGAGGAAGGUUCAUGGAAGAACCAUGUUUUGCAAUCCAUUACCGACAUUGCUAGAUCAGAAGGUUAUCACUGGGAGGUCUUAAUAGAACACGUUGAAAGAGUGAAAUGGUAUGCUCCCCACAUACGCCAUCUUGUUGUAGAUGUGAGAUGCCAACAAACUCAGGGUUAAGAUUUGGAAUGGAACGGGUCAGGUAUGCAUUACAGGGCAAUUCUGGAGUGGAGAGUACAUGCAUGAAAAUUUUCACUUUUUUCUUCUUUGAUAUCGUUCUACCUCAUGGAUGCCAUGCAGGCUUGAAUUAUAUGAGAAAAGCAUGGUUCUUCCCUCAGACAAGCCUUGAAAUUCCCAUACAGCAUGUGAAAUCCUGCUGCCACUUGCACUGUUAUGGCAAAUUAGUGGGUUUGAAACAGAUGGCCCCAUUAAAGACGACUAGGCAGUAUCACAAAUUUUAGUUGAAAUUAGUGAAUUAGUGCUUAAAAGUUUUCUUGUGGAUAGUUAAGCGAUGAUUAUCUUGGUUACUAUAAUGAAUAUUUGUCUAGUGAUUUAUUGGGUGGAUAUUUUCUAAUUUGGUCUGGGAGCUGUUGCAUCACCUUGCUGAAUAAAAUACCUGGUGACUGGACCACGUCGGAGUGUAAGGUCGGGUUGUGCUGCAGUUCAAGUCGAACGCUUGCCGGGCCUGAUUCUGACCGCUCCCAGCCGACAUGGGUGGGCCUGGCACUACCCAUGUUUGCGAUCGGAGGUGGCUACAUAAUUUUUCGACAUUCAUGCAGUGAACUAGUUUGAGGUUUGACGUUUGAAAGGCUACGGCUGGUGCUGGCAUCAAAGAAAUAAUUUUCUUUUGCAGUUAAUGGCUAAUUUAAUUCGACAAUGCCUGAGCAAUUCAGAAAA